GCGACGGGUCGCGCUCCCUCCCCGGUCCCUCGCAAUCAGAUAUGUAAUACUCCGUCACAAAGCCUGAUGUGUAUUCUUAAGUCGGGGAUUUCUCGAGAAAUACGAAAUACCUCCCACGCUACCAUUCCAUUCUCGUUCCACAUUUGCCAAUGGCAGCCUUUUCCUUUUCCCUCACCACAUCUCCCAUCUCGUCCUAUCGCCUCGUAGACAAUUUACUUCGUCACCAUCCUCGUGAAGCCUACAGCCCAGGGUCCUAGAAGGCCAUAGGUAUAUUAAAAAGAAGAAAACAAGUAGCCCCGGAACGGGCCCCAAGAUGAUCCUCAAGCGCAAGCGGUCCGAGUCGGAACUCUCUUCCUCCAGCAUCUUCAACUCACCACCCUUACCGGUCCGGUUCACCAUGAUGGACAUCCAGAACACAUCCCCGCCCCGCUUCGUGGCAAGGUGCGCUACGCCGUCACACCUUCACAGCCGCACCAUGAAGCGGUUCCGGGACGGCCGGCCCUCGGAUGACGAAGUCCAUCAACGCACCUUGAACAUGCUCUACACGGCCCAGAGGCAGCACAUCGCGCAAGACCAGCACCAGCACCACCUCCAACUCGGCAUCUUCGGCACGCUACCCCAGCCUCAGUCUGUGACGGCUUCGCCCCACCCGCACGGAGCCCACCAGGCGUCGCUGCAUAGCUUCUGGGACCUGCCCAACGCGGCGGCCGUCUCGCUCGCCCCUCCUAUCGGCUGCUCGAUGUACGACGGGCCCGCCGACUGCGAGGACUGCGGGCAGGCGCUGCACGGAAACGCGGGCGACGGCAGCAGCGACGCGAUGAUGGCGGGCGACGGGUUCGGCCUCGGUCUCGACCCCGAGGCCGCGACGGGCUGCGUUGCCUGCCACAAGCACGUCUGCUCGCACUGCUCGAUCACGAAUCUGGGCGGAGAGCUGAGGUGUCUGACGUGCGCCGGCAAGAAGGUCGCCACCGCCGCCACCGCCGGUAGUAACGCCUUCGGUUGGGCCGGUGGUGUCUUCGGCGUCCGAACCUGAGUGUUGAGAUUCCGCUAGUAAGAUGGGACUCGUAGGAUGAUAUUUCGCCUGCUUAGAGAGGGGGCAGAUGGCAUUCUAGCACGUAUGGCCGACUGCAUUGCAUAAGCGCCGGAGUUAUAGGUGAACAAUCGUUAAUUAGCUGUAGGACCAACAUGUAUCCAGGUAUACCAAUGGGGCGACUGUGGUGUUUGGUGUAUAUCCACGAGUGCUCGAUAGAGGACAGCUCGAUUCUAUAAUACCCCCGACAGUCCUUAACCAUGACCUGAAUUUGGAUUGCAAGGAGUAUGCAGUAAGGAGUGAUAUCAUAACGCUAGUUUCGAGUUCCUUACCGCGUACAACUCGCCGUAAUGCUCCUAGG